AUGGAAACUUACAAAUAUCUUCCUGUACGGAAUCCACUCACUGCAUUUUGGCUGCGCAAUCCAGAUGAGCUGCACGAACAUCGCUCGACCCAAGAACUCCCUGAACAGAGCGAUAUCGUAAUCAUUAGGGCGGGAUACACCGGGGUGAGCAUUGCAUACCACCUAAUUAAGGAACGUGUGGCCACUAUCUCGUCUAUCACAAUUCUGGAGGCUCGCGGCGCGUGUUCUGGUGCAACGGGCCGCAACGGGGGUCAUCUACGCCCGGAUAUGUACGGCCAUAUUCCAACCUAUAUCCAUCGAGCGGGCGCUGAGGCAUCUUGUGAAGUUGCCGAAUUUGAGAUUGCAUGUAUGCACGCAAUCAAAACUAUGAUUGAGGAACAGGAAAUAGACUGCGACUUUACUUACACGCGCUCCAUUGAUGUUUGGUGUAACUUGGAAACUGCAAAGAAAGGCAAGGUAGUUUACGACGACAUGGCGCCAUGCUUUGAGUACAUGAGGGAUGUGGUCUAUACCGGCAAAAAUGUGGGAGGGAUUUGUGGUAUGAAAGGCGCAACAGCCUGCGCCUCCUAUACAGCAGGCACCAUAUUUCCGUAUAAAUUCAUCAUGCACCUACUUAGGGGACUUGUUCACGGCGGCAAGGUUAACUUACAGACGAAUACCCCCGCCCUGGUAAUUACAAAAGACGCAAAAACCCCCAACAUAUUUACUGUUGAAACCACCUGUGGUAAGAUCCGCGCACAGAAAGUCAUUCACGCAUCCAAUACAUACAUGUCGAGCCUUCUUCCCGAGUAUCGACAUAACAUUGUCCCCUGCAAGGGGAUUUGUUGCCGAAUAACCGUUCCGGCGGGGACAACAGCGCCACUGCUCAACAACUCUUAUAUCAACCGAGCAAAAGAUCACGCGUUAUCGUACCUAAUCCCGAGAGCAGACGGCAGCAUUAUUGUUGGGGGAGCUGCAUCCACCUUCAAACCGUUCUUGGGGCAGUUGUAUAAUAAUGUAGAUGAUAGCGUGCUUAUCGAAGCAGCCAAAGACUACAAUAAUGAUUACAUGCAAAGGACCUACCGGGGCUGGGAGAAUACUGGUGCCCAUGUCAAUCAAAUCUGGACCGGGGUGAUGGGGUACUCAUACGACUCAUACCCAUAUAUCAGGGUUGUCCCAUCCAAAUCAGGGCAGUUCAUUCUCGCAGGUUUGAACUGUCAUGGCAUGCCAGUGAUUUGGCUAGCAGCAAAGGGUCUCGCCCGAAUGCAUCGGAUUGAUCGAGCCACGAAUGGAAAAGAGGAAGACGGAGAUAUCGUGGGUGUGGGGAAAUCCAGUCCAGCAAAGCAGUAG